GCCAUCCUCUGCUUCCCUUCUGAGAAACAGCUUUUGGCAGUCGACCUCGGAGACAGAAUCCGCACGAUUCCAUCAACACCUGUUAAGGGCUUGCUGCUCCGGGGGCCACCAGGCUCUGGACUUGGUUUACGGUCCCGCGACCCCCAUUUACCGCAGCUCCUGCGCCCGCUCUGGCCGGGCGUGCUGGCUGUUUGUCCUUGGAAUCCAGCUCCUGCAAGGGACCGGCUCCCCGCCUUCCCUCCUACACCGCGAAACUCGGAGCCCAGAGUUGGAUUCCCCGGGGCGUUGAGGGCAGGGUUCGCCUCCACCUCCAUCUCCAACCCUCCUCUCUCCCCGCCCCCUCCUACCCUGGGCUCUGCACCUCGCAGUGCGGGGUCCCCGGCAGCUACAGCAGCGAAGUGGCUCACUCAGCCGGCCGCUCCCGUUCCUGCUUGCCUGCUCACGCUGUCCCACACAGAACCGGACCUGCUUUCGGAGCUUCCCAGGGCCAUCAACCUGUUGACUGAACACUACGGGCUUCCUCCUUCCUCAAUUCAGCUGAACCGCAAGGGCCGGCGCAAUUCUUGUGUUAUUGGGAGGCCAAGAGAAACGGAAGUGGUGCUGAAGAUGGGCCCCGUAGGUGCCGAGGCGGAGGAGAACCAGACCGUAGAAGCGAAGGUGGAGCCCUAUGGGCCGGGGCACACCACUCCUAGAGGGGAGCUGCCGCCUGAUCCGGAGCCGGAGCUCAUAGACAGCACCAAGCUGGUUGAGGUACAGGUGGUCCUCAUAUUGGCCUAUUGCUCCAUCAUCUUGCUGGGCGUAAUUGGCAACUCCCUGGUCAUCCACGUGGUGAUCAAAUUCAAGACCAUGCGCACGGUAACUAACUUUUUCAUCGCCAACCUGGCUGUGGCCGACCUUCUGGUGAAUACCCUUUGCCUGCCGUUCACUCUGACCUACACCCUGAUGGGAGAGUGGAAAAUGGGUCCAGUCCUCUGCCACUUGGUGCCCUACGCUCAGGGUCUGGCAGUGCAAGUGUCCACGAUAACUUUGACAGUCAUUGCCCUCGACCGCCACCGCUGCAUUGUGUAUCAUCUGGAGAGCAAGAUCUCCAAGCGAAUCAGCUUCCUGAUUAUUGGUCUGGCCUGGGGCAUCAGUGCCCUGCUGGCGAGUCCCCUGGCCAUCUUCCGGGAGUACUCCCUGAUUGAGAUCAUUCCCGACUUUGAGAUUGUGGCCUGUACCGAGAAGUGGCCUGGCGAGGAGAAGAGUGUCUACAGUACCGUCUACAGUCUUUCCACCCUACUGAUCCUGUAUGUCCUGCCUCUGGGCAUCAUAUCUUUCUCCUACGCCCGAAUCUGGAAUAAGCUGAAGAACCAUGUCAGCCCGGGAGCAGCAAGCGACCAUUACCAUCAGCGAAGGCACAAAACAACCAAAAUGCUGGUGUGUGUGGUUGUGGUGUUUGCCGUCAGCUGGCUGCCGCUUCACGCGUUCCAACUUGCUGUGGACAUUGACAGCCACGUCCUGGACCUGAAGGAGUACAAACUCAUCUUCACCGUCCUCCACAUUAUCGCCAUGUGCUCCACCUUCGCCAACCCUCUCCUCUACGGCUGGAUGAACAGCAACUACAGGAAGGCUUUCCUCUCCGCCUUCCGGUGUGAGCAGAGGCUGGAUGCCAUCCACUCGGAGGUGUCUAUGACCUUCAAGGCUAAAAAGAACCUGCAAGUCAAAAAGAACAACGGCCCCGCUGACUCUUUUUCCGAGGCUACCAACGUCUAAGGAGACAGGCAUGGAAGCGCAUGGAAGCAUUAUGACCAGAGCUGCCGAUCCGGCUACAGGGAAGGUUUUCUGAUCAGUGCAUGCCGACCUCCCAUUGUACUGACUAAAAAGCAUGGGCAGUCUCGUUCCUGGAAACCUCGCCGGAAGAACUGCGGGGAAAAUGAGCAAAUUGCUGAGGUACAAUGGUUUGAUGACCACCAUUUAGGUGGUAGGGGUGGAAUGGUGAGUAAAAGGGAAACACUUUCGGUUGUUUUUCCGGAGUAAAGGAAACCUAAACAAGGAUUCGGUGCCAGUCUGUCUGAAAAGACGAGGUAGGUGUUAAUCCCGAGAGCGCAGGAGGAUCUGCGCUGGUCCCUCACCACUGGGUGAUAAGCUGCUGAAGAACUAAGUUUUCCGUGGGGAGCCAUAGGCUCUCUGCUAUGGUGUUUCGGUUUUAUUGUCCUUCCAAAGAUGAAACCCAAAUGAGAACUGGUAUAGGCGAACAAGGCUCAUAACUACCGGGAUGACUUCAAGGUAACUUCCAGCAACUGAGCAAAUUUGCUAUACGAUUAAUAUUUUAGCAAUGAUGGGGAAAUCCUUAUAUACUCAGAGAGCAAUUAAUUGUCAUUAAAAUCAAAUGUACAAGUGUUGAAUUUUUUUUUUUAAUUCAGGAUCAAGAUCUGAAGUUAUCAGACUUAAAAGAAAUGUAAACCGUUGUUUGAUCUCUUGUUUUGAGCCUCCCCUGGUUUAUGUAGCUGCUGUUCGGAUGGCAGGCCUGCAACCCAGUCCUUUUGCUCACUGCCAGAUGCUAAGUCCUCUGGACCUGCACAACCCCUGCUUACCGUUCCUGCAGGGGAGCAAAGGUUUCACUAAAAAUUAAAUGCACUGGGAAGUGAUUUUGUAACAAUUUGAGUUUAGUUGUAAGCAAUUCCUCUCCCCACACACAUAGCUCUACUAUUUUUACAGACACUGCUGAAUUAUGUUCUUUGGAGUGCAUCUUCAACAGACCUGUCUAUGCUGAGUGAAAAUAUAAUUUCAUUAAAAUGGACCCGUUUGGUAAGAAGUCUCAAAAAACUGAGUUCCUUCCACUUUGCAAAUGUUUGGCUUUAAACAAAUUUUCACAUAAGUUUUCUAUUUUCAAAAUGAAUGUAUUUUGGGGUAACAUAAAUAUGUAUACAAAAUAAAAGCGUAUCUAUGAACAAUGAAACAUUAGGAAUUUUCAUUUAAUGCUUUUAUAAAUUUAACUUUUAUUUCAAUAGUACCCAACCAAAGAUGAUUAAGACUCUAUUUUGUUCACAUAGGAAAAAUCAGAAAGUGAGAUGUUACCUAGCUGCGCUUCUCUGGAUGCUAGUUUCAAUGUAGGUGUAUUUUUGUAAAUAUGACAGCAUUUGCGAGAAUAUUCCUUACAUUUUAGAAAUAAUCAACAUAGUCUUAUACUUAGUUAUGAUAUCAAUGUUAUGCAGAUAUUUAAAAUUCAGACUAUGGCCGUUAUCAGAUCCCUUUCAGGGUGGAAAUAGAAGCUCGGUUUAGAAAUGAACUGUUCUUGUGGAAUACUGAUAGGGGACAAACAAAAGGAAAAAUAUGACAAAGUCAGUGACACGCACUGUCAUCUGAAGUGUAUCACGUCACUAUAAAACGGGGUUUGCCUGCAGACAAACUUUUCCUAUCUGAUGUAGAAAUACGAUGUGAAAAGGUUAUUGUGGCGUUUCUAUGCCCCUUGCAGAAUUCGUACCCUGUACAAAUCCUGUGUUACUUUGACUCCUCCUGUGACACCUGAUGAUUCAAUUGACAUAUUUAUGAUUGAGUUCGUAUGUUAAAAACCUCUUAUAAAGUAUCUUUUAUGUAGUGAUUUUAAUGUUAAAAUAAAAAGAAUUCGGGAAAUUGUGUAGAGUUUCUAUGUAGCUCUUGCUCUACAUUUUGGCUGAAAUCAAGUCCCUGA